AUGAAGGUUUCCACAGUCUCCGCCACCUUCGCUUUGGCCAUGACCACCAGCGUUUACGCUGCCCCAACUGCCGUUGGUACCCAGGACUCCUCGCUUUCCAAGAGAGAGCAAGACCAGAUUAACGAUCUCAUUGCCACUUUGAACUCUUACUCAGUCAAGAGAAGUUUAAUCACUGAUCCUGUUGAGAUCCAGGCUAGAGAAUACGCCAUUGUCACACAGAUCUUGGCUGCUAUUGACUCUACUGACUUGGCCCCACAGAUUAUCCAGGGUUUGGUUGACAACCCAAACUUGCAGCCUUACGUCACCAAAGCCACCAUUGCUAUCAUCAAGAGUGGUCUCAUUUCAUUGGACACAUUGUUCACUGCUUUGAACGAUUCUGGCUUGGCUGUCAAGGUCAUCAACGACUUGAUCCAUGACUGUACCUUGUACCAAGACAUUUAUAAGUUAGCCUUGGAGAAGAUCUCUGACUUGACGUCCAAAAUCCUCUCCAAGCUUGCUGGAAACAAUGUCUCCGUCAGAGAGUUCCCAGAGGGUGCCCUCGAGGAGAUGAUCGUGGCUCCAUCCAAGAGAUACAACCCAGACGGUGUUGUCAACAACUUGUUGGAGUCUUUGGCAAACUCUGGUUUGGCCACCUCCGUCGUCAGAGUCUUGCUUGUCGAUCCUAAGUUCUUGUCUUACGGUGCUUCUUUGUUCAAGCAGUUGUACGACCAGGACCUCAUUAACUGGUCUGGUUUGAUCUCCGCCAUUGCUGACUCUGGUUUGGUAACCUCCUUGUUCGAUGCGUUCUUCAACGUUGCCACCUUGAAGACAGUCAUCUUCAACGCAUUGGCUGCUGCAUUCGACAACUGUGGUGGUUCCACCAUCUCCGGUACACCAACAGGUCUUACCACCCAAUCUACCAGUACGACAUCCAUUGGCAGCUUUACAGCCACCGGUACCUCAGUUCCUAGUGGAAGUUGUAAGAAGAGAAGAAGAAAGAGAUCUUACAACUACUAG